AUGACAGACGGCUCUACCUCCUUCAAAGUGAUUAUUGUUGGCGCGGGCGUCACGGGUCUCACAUUGGCCCACUGCCUCGUCAAGGCGAACAUCGACUUUGUCUUAUUGGAUAAAGGCAUAGUAGCUCCGAGUUUCGGAACGACCAUCACACUUCAGCCGCACGGGUGCAGAAUCUUGCACCAGUUGGGCUGUCUAGAUGCCGUGAUGGCCACGUGCGAUGUCAUGGGCGGAGCGCAGUGUCGCGACCCUUCUGGCAGAACCUUUGCUUCGAAUGACUUUUUCGGUGUCGUCAGGAAAUUCGCCGGCUAUGAUACUAGGACCCUGGAUCGGCAGGUUUUCUUACGCAAAUUGUAUGAAAGGCUGCCAGAUCAUUCCAAAGUACACGAGAAAGCACGCGUUCAGGAGAUUACUGAAGAAAGCUCCAAGACUCGCGUCAUCCUAGCAGAUGGGCGUGAAUUCGUUGGGGACGUAGUGGUUGGUGCAGACGGUGUUCAUUCCAAGGUUCGCGAAAUCAUGUGGGACAAGGCAAACGCGGCCAAUCCCGGCAUGAUUACAGUUGAAGAGAAGCGAGCAAUGGUAACCCAGUAUAAUGCCAUCGUCAUGGCAUCGUCUCCCGUACCUGGUUUGGGUUCCCACGAUAUGGAAGUUACCUCAAACGAUAAGUUCUCUUUCCUGCUCCUGUGCCAGCCGGAGUGGAUAUCGAUCAUUGUACACAACAAGUUGCCCGAGGAACAGCACUGCACCUGGCCCACACGUCGGCGAUAUACCGAAUCUGAUAUGGAGGCUUUGGUCAGCAAGAUCUCUGAGUACCCUGUCACGGAGACCGUUGUUUUUGGAGAGUUGUGGAAGAGGCGCCUCAAGGCACAAAUGAUUUCCCUGGAGGAAGGCGUACUGGAGAAUUGGUUCUUUGGGAGGAUUGUCUUGGCUGGAGAUGCUGUCCAUAAGGUUACUCCAAACUCGGCUCUGGGUGGCAAUACAGCGAUGGAAGACGCUGUCACACUCGCAAACGCAAUCCACGCCCUUCUCGGCACGCAUUCCAAUAAAAACCCGAGUGAUGUUGAGCUGCGCGAUGCGAUGCGGGACAAGUAUCAAAACGCUCGUGUCGACCGUGCUCGGGUUAUUGUGAAGGUCGGGGGUGAUCUCACGAGGCAACAGGCUUAUGACGGUUGGAAGGCCUACUUCGUGCAGCGGUGGCUGACGCCCAUCGUGGGCCUUGACACUCUUGCAAAGAAUAUUGCUGGAUUGUGUGUUACGGCGCCAAAGCUUACUUAUGUGGACUUUGAUGAGAAGAGGGGGAUUCUAGGGUGGCAGGAUACACUGUCUGCUGUAAAGGAGAGGGAAGCUCGAGAAGAUGAUGAAAGACUCAACAGUGGACCUUCGUGGGGUGACUUGAACGGGGGCUUUGAGUCUGUCUUCCCGCAGGUGCUAGCAGUUUUAGUUGCUUUGUGGUUGACUAUUUGUGUCUUUCAUAUUGUCUUCUCCAGACAGUCGAUACCUGGUUUUGGUAGGGAAAUUUGGCAAAUCGAUGGAAUGGAGAAUGGCACUUUCGGACUUGCAGCAUGA